CUGUCUUCCAGCUGUCUCCCCGAUGGCCGAUUCUAACCAACCCCCCCAGCGGCCCUCGCUGGGCCAAAUGCGCAGCAGCUCGUUCCUCCAGGACCACCAACAGUACAAGCCGCCCGUCCCGGUCAGCGCCAACAUUGGUGAGGUCCUCGGCGCUCAACUCGACGAAAGCCUGUCCACUCUCACAAAUCCGAUCAAGCCCGAUCCCGAGCGCGUUCACGACAGCGGUGUCAUACACAGUAUAUUCAACCACCAGCAGACCCAGCUUCCCCACGGCACCCCGCGUAUCGUCGCAACCAUCUUCUACAAAUCCGCCAACCCCGUCCACCCUCACAUUCACCCCGAUGUCACGUCCAACCUUGUCGCUGGCGAUAAGCUGCCUUCCCCGCGUGUCCCGGAAGGCUCGGCUCCAACGGACGACCUGGAGAAGAUUCCCCGGGAGCCAUUCGCACCUGAACCCGAGCCUCUCGAUCAUCUGUACGGUCCCUAUGUCUCGCAGCUAUGUUUGACCAAUUUCCUGCAAAUCCUGGAUACUCUCCCGACUCCGUACCAGCGCACAAAUACCUCGCACCGAUGCUUAGAUCGCGAACAGCACCCCCGUGUCGUCGAGUAUCUCUCAUUCGCGGACUUGCGCAAGCACGAGAGCAUCUGGCGCUUUGAGCGCGAGUGGAAUGUCGAGGUCGUUCUUCAGGAAGAGAGCGUCUUCCGCCGGCAUAAGCGCCUGGCGGUCUUUGACAUGGAUAGCACCCUGAUCGAGAACGAGGUGAUCGACGAGAUUGCCAAGUUCAUCGGGGUGGAGAAGGAGGUUUCGGAAAUUACCGAACGUGCUAUGAACGGCGAACUGGAUUUCGCUGCCUCCUUGAAGGAACGUGUCGGCCUUCUGAAGGGUGUCCCGGCCGAUGUUUUCGAGAAGCUCAAGUCCGUCAUAACGAUCUCGAAGGGUGCUCGUGAGCUUUGCCGUGCCCUGAAGGCCCUCGGGUAUAAGAUGGCUGUUCUCAGCGGAGGAUUCCAACCUCUUGCCGAGUGGCUUGCGGGUGAACUUGGACUUGACUAUGCCGUUGCUAACCACCUUGAAAUCGAUACUGCCACCCAAACCCUCACCGGCAAAUUGGUCGAAUCCAAGCCCAUCAUCGACGCCGCCCAGAAGCGCACUCUCCUCAAGUCGAUCGCGGCCGAGAAUAACAUCCCCAUCUCCCAGACAAUUACUGUCGGCGAUGGCGCAAACGAUCUGCUCAUGCUUCAUGCCGCUGGCCUUGGUGUUGCCUGGCGCGCCAAGCCCAAGGUCCAGCUCGAGGCCCCCACCCGCGCCAACGGCGAGAGCCUGGUUGAUAUCCUCUACCUGCUCGGUCUGGAUAGCGAAGAUGUCAACGAGCUUUCCAAGCUGCACUAA